AGCUUCAGGGAGAGCUCCAAACUAAUCAAACACCAGCGCCUCCACACUGGGGAACGGCCCUACAUGUGUGGGGAAUGUGGGAAGAGCUUCAGUGACAGCUCCAACCUGAUCCGACACCAGCGCAUCCACACUGGGGAACAGCCCUACAAGUGCUUGGAAUGUGGGAAGAGCUUCAGGCAGAGUGACCACCUCCACACCCACCAGCUCAUCCACACUGGGGAACGACCCUACACGUGUGGGGAAUGUGGGAAGAGCUUCAGGGAGAACUCCAAGCUCCUCACCCACCAGCUCAUUCACACUGGGGAACAGCCCUACACGUGUGGGGAGUGUGGGAAGAGCUUCAGUGACAGGUCCCAGCUCCGCAGGCACCAGCUCAUCCACACCGGGGAACGGCCCUACAAGUGCUUGCAAUGUGGGAAGAGGUUUCGGACCAGCUCAGAUCUCCUCGUCCAUGAGCUGAUACACACAGGGGAGAGGCCCUUCCGCUGCACCGACUGCGGGAAGGGCUUCAACCGGAACUUCAACCUCGUCACCCACCGGCGCAUCCACACCGGGGAGAGGCCCUACAAGUGUGGGGAGUGUGGGAAGAGCUUCACCCGCAACUCCCACUUGACCAAACACCAACGGACCCACCAGUAA